UUCUAUGUUUUUUUUCUUCUAAUUUUAAAAAGUAUUACAGUGAGAAGCACACUGGUCAAAAGCCUUUUUGAGUGCCCUCGAUCUCCCAAAUUCCUCCGCCGCAGAAUUCAUGGCGUCCCGCCACCACCACCGCGACCACGGCCGCUGCCACCGCCACAACCACCGUGAGAGCAUCCCAAUAUCCGCUGCGAUCUCGUCCACGCCAUCGUGUCGCUGCUGCUCCGGCGACUACCGUCCCUGCUGCACCCAAUCCGACCACCUUCCUCCAACGUCGUUGGAUCAUCUCCUUCGUCUCGUCGCCGCUUAUCUCGAGGAACAGCUACAAGAAACGCAAUGUGGUGAUCAGACCCAUUUCUGCGAAACCCGGUGUCGAAGCUUCAACGGGUUCAAAGGACAACGUUUUGUGCACCAGCAGAAGAACGUUCAACGAGAAUACGACCAUUUCGUCUUGUCUUGUCUUCUCCGGAAAAUCGAAGAUCUCGAGUUUUCGCUUAACCGGUUUUCGUCUUCUUCUUGCCAUCGGCGCGGUUCCUACUUUACUGUAAGAGAUUCGGCGGCGCGUGUGAUUCAGAUCCAUUUCCGCUCUUACCUGGUUCGCAGAUCCAGAUCACUUUGGCAACUCAAGGAGCUUGCAAUGAUAAAAUCUAGUUUCCUGUCUCUCAAAUCUUCCGUUUCGGGCAAAACCCAUUUCCCUUUCGAAGUAGUUUCUCGAGAAGCCAUGGAUUUGCUUACGCAGCUUGAUUUCAUUCAGAGCAGGGAUGAUCCGAUGUUACGAGACGGGAAGAAAUCACUGAGUAGAGAUUUGGUAAGGUUUCUUGAGUACGUAGAUGGUUGUGCUGUCAAAAGGCAUGAGAUUAUCCUUAAACACGCAAAAGAUACGAGCUUUAUUGCUAGCAGCAGCAAAUGUAGGAGUUUAAGAUCCAGACAUCUGGAUUUUGGUUCAUGUGAAGAUAAAAACUCCGAGAAAUUGAGGAAACGAAUGGAGAAAAUCAUCAUUUCGUCCAAGGGAAACGAGGAUAACAAUGUGGAGCUAGAAGAAUUUCACUUUGUCACUGAUACGGGGGAAGAUAUCCCUGUUGUUUCUGUUGAUAAUGUAAAGGUUGGAAAUUUGAGAUCUAGAAAUGGUGUUAUGGUGAAAGGCAAUGUUGGAUUGAAACCUCGGGUGGGUAGGACCAUAAGAUUCGACAAGAGGGGGGAUGCCUAUCCGGUAUAUGGAAGUGCCCAUGAGCCGGCUUCAAAUGGAGAGGAGGAUUCAGUUGAUGAUGACGAGGAGAUCUUGGUGAUGUCCCAUGAUAAUGGUGUGAGCCAUAGUUCCAAAACUAGAAAAGGGGUCUUGGUGAAAGGCACUGGAGGGAAAACCAGGGUGGUAAAAACUGUGAGCUUUGAUGAGAAAGGGAAUGUGUAUAGGGUUUAUGGAGAUACACCCGAGUCAAGUUCAGGUGGGGAUGAUGACAAUUCCACGAAUGGAUCAAACAGUGAGAAUGGAGAAUAUGGAGAAGAGAAUGGUUAUGACGAGGUCGAGGAAAUCAAAUGCGUCCCGAGAGAGAAUAAGGUCGCUGAAGAAGAAGCUCGUUCAGAGGACGAGGAGUCUUCUUCACAGGGUAGUCAAGGGGAGAUACCGCUCACAAGAAACGCAAAUCAUGCAGUAGAGAGUGAGUUUCGGGGUCGAAAGGGUGGCUUAAUGUUCUCUCCUCCAUUGCCACUCAAAAUGGAACCUUGAGUUGAGCUGAGUCAUGGUGAAAGGAACUGGUGCCAGCACAGAGUUACCAUGUUCCGGUGACUAGUUAUUCUGAUGUCUGCUGUCGGGUCUCAGUGUGAAUCCAAUGGGAGCAUUUUGUCAUGUCCAAAAAUGUAACACAAGGAGAAGGGUUUCAGGUUAGGUUCCUUUUGGUGGGACUUUUUCUUUUGGAUUGUUUCUGGAUUUUCUCUGUUCUGUAUUGAUUUACAGGAUUUGUGUUCUUGAAUCUUGAACUGAUGGAUCGUUUGAUGAACUGUCUGUCUCCACGGGAAGUAAUGCUGUUCUUUUGUGUCAGCUUCUGCGUGAGCAUGAAUUUCUCAGUUUAAUCUUUGGUUUUUUGUU